CAGCUUCCUCCACGCGCACACAUGCCCCUCUUCCAAAUGAUGACUCAGAGGUGAUACCUGUAUAAGUGUUUCAAGUUUUUUCCUACAAGAUGUGUUCCACAUAUCCAGCAAACUGGGUCACUUUUGAUGAUGAACCCCUCUUUCAAUCUCCUCAAAAAUCAGUGGAAAAUCGUAAUACCUGUAAAGCAAAUGGUCUUAAUCUCAAUCUUGUUAAUAUGCAUGAAUCUUCCAGUAGGUCAUCUUCUACAAGCAGCACUCCACUUUCUUCUCCUAUAGCUGACUUUUACUUAAAUCCUGGACCUCCUAGUAACUCUCCACUUUCUACACCUACCAAAGAGUAUCCAGGAAGUCCCUGUAUCCCCAAAUCAGGAAUUCACAUUUUUUAUCCUAUUCCUGAAUUGUCAUCAAACAUUAACCUUCACCCACCACCUGGGACUUGUUCUUCCUUAGCUUUUCAGAAACUGAGCACUGCAGCUAAUGAUAAUCCACCUAAGAUUUUAUUCUCUAAACAAGCAACCCCAGGUGAAAUAAAUCCUACUUACCAAGAAAGCUGCAAUAAAGUAGAAGAUCAGUUGGAAUUGGAACGCUUCCAAUAUUUUCAGAAUGACUGUGCUUUUUCAACUCUAUUUUGGAAAGAGGGGUGUUCAACUAGCAUGUCUCCCUGUAAUGUUGACACACAAAGAAAGGAUAAAAAGCUUUGCAGAGGUAUUUGCCAUCCUAAAGAAAAAGACACUUGCCAUGAUCAGAAAAGUCUCAAUCAGAAUUCCUUCAGUUAUAUCUGUGAAAGGCUUGAACAUUUGCAAACUGAUACUUUGGGAAGCCUGUCUGCCUCCAGCAUACAUGCAUGGCAUAAUCUCUCUUCUUUUAUUCCACACAGUCUCUUCAGGAGCCAGAAAAAAGAUGGUUGGCCUAUCAUGCUAAGAAUUCCUGAGAAGAAGAAUAUGAUGUCAUCUCGGCAGUGGGGUCCUAUUUAUCUUAAAGUCCUACCUGGGGGCAUUUUACAAAUGUACUAUGAGAAGGGCCUUGAAAAACCUUUCAAAGAAUUCCAGCUUCAACCAUACUGUAAACUGUCAGAACCCAAGCUAGAGAACUGUAGUGUUUCAGGAAAAAUCCAUACCGUGAAGAUUGAAUAUGUGUCUUAUACAGAGAAAAGAAAAUUCCACCCCAAAGCAGAAGUGGUCCAUGAACCAGAGGUGGAGCAGAUGCUAAAAUUAGGAACCACGGAUUACAAUGACUUCACUGACUUCCUUGCAACAGUUGAGGAAGAGUUAAUGAAGCUUCCAGUCAUCUGUAAGCAAAAGAGAAAUUAUGAGGAACAAGAAAUUAUACUAGAAAUAGUGGAUAAGUUUUGGGGGAAAAUCACUAAAACAGAAGGAAAACUCGUAGAAAGUGCUGUCAUCACACACAUUUAUUGUAUGUGUUUUGUGAAUGGCAAUACUGAAUGCUUUUUUACUUUAAAUGAUCUAGAGCUUCAGAAAAGAGAUGAACGUUAUUUUGACAAGGACCUGGAGAAGAAAUGGAUUGAUAUUCUUGACUACCAUUUCCAUAAGUGUGUCAAAACACAUGAGUUUGAGCAAUCUAGAAUUAUUAAGUUUAUACCCCUGGAUGCCUGUAGAUUAGAACUGAUGCGUUUCAAGACAUUGUAUAAUGGGCAAGACCUUCCAUUUUCUUUAAAGGCUGCAGUAGUUGUUCAAGGAGCAUACAUUGAACUUCAGGCUUUUAUAAACAUGUCUUCUACUUCUCUGAUUCCAGCACGUUUGCAUUCCAUGAAAUACUGUGAAAAUGUCAUGAUACGCUUUCCAGUUCCUGCACAGUGGAUCAAAGCACUUUGGACAAUGAAUCUCCAAAGACAGAAGUCCCUAAAAGCAAAAAUGAACAGAAAAACAUGCCUUGGCUCUUUACAUGAAGUUGAAUCUGAUCCUGUAAUUCAGGUCUCAAUUGGAACAGCAAAAUAUGAAAGUGCCUAUAGGGCUGUAGUGUGGAAGAUAGACAGACUUCCGGAUAAAAACUCAAGCCCAUAUCAGCCACACAGUCUGUCUUACAAACUAGAACUUGGAUCAGACCAGGAAAUACCUUCUGACUGGUAUCCAUUUGCAACUGUACAGUUUGACAUGCUUGAUGCGUGUGCCUCGGGGACUGAAGUAAAAUCGCUGGGCAUAGAGUGUGAUGUUCAGCCCCAGAAACAUUUGAACCAGAAAACUUGCUACAACUGCCAGGUUGAAAUUGAAAAGAAGUGGAUCAGGCUUGAUGGAGAAGACCCAGAUAAGGCUAGCAACUGCCUAAUGCAGUAAAAGGAGACAAGGCACUGUAAUACAUGGUUACAUGUUCUUUAAAUAUGAAAUCAAUGAAGGAAAAUGUUAGUGGGUAUUAAUUUCCAUAGUAAGUAUUUUUUAUUGUAAGAAAAAGUGCAAUGAUCUAAUGUAUAAUAAAUACAGUAGUUGAAAAUCCACUUUUCACAAUUUUUGUAAUGCUUCUGGGUCUGAUACUGCAAAUUGUUAGUCAUUUAAUUAGCCUUAAUUCAAAUGAGCAGCCCAGUAUGGGAUUACUGGUGUGAGUAAGCACUGAUUGUACAGUUAUAGGUUUGCAGGACUGAGCCCUUAGUGUACAGACUGUAAUAUAUGUCUCUGCAAAGUAUCUAUUACUUGUGAAUGGUCUCAUGCUCCAUGUUGAGAACUAAUAUCACUAUUAUAAAAAAAUUAUCUGUUGGCCAUAUCGAUAUUUAACAAUAAAAACAUCCAAAAUACUUAUGGCACAAACCAGGACCUGGGUAGUGUGCAGCAGGAUCAAUUGCAUAUUUGAGUGCAGUUUGUAAAUAUGCAGUUUGUAAAUCUCCAUGUUUGUGAACAGCACAAGCAUACGCUUAUUUCCCAAUAAGAGUUUCCACAUAAUGUAGAGUGAGAGAACUUCCUCAGGAAUAAAACUGCUAAUUCUCUCCCUUCAGGGGUUGUAAAUGUUGCUCUCACUGUUUCCUCUAAGAUUGUUGAAUGCAAAAUCUCAGGCAAUCUUGAUUGAAAUUCCCAUGCCAAGGUGAGGCUAAUUUAUUUCAGUGCCUCGGAAAGUGAACAGGGCCUGACCCUCAGCUGACAUAAAUCAGCAUAGCUCCAUUAAGUUCAAUGCAGCUUUGCCAAUUUACAUGAGUUGAGAAUCUAGCCUUAUGAGUUAUAAAGGUGGCUAAUCACUACUCGUUGUUUUUUGUUAUUUUGGAUGUCUUUCAAGACUCAAGUUCCAGAUGUUGGUUUGAAACUAGAGCCUGUACGGCAUCACUGCCUUGAACUGUAAGGCAGAGGGGAAUGCAAACAUAUAGGGAAAGUUAGAAUUGUCCUUACAUUGCCAUCUAUAAAGGAAUUUGCUACAGAGGAAAAUUGAUGGUUAUAUUUAUAUACCAGGCUUUAGGGAUUUAUAUCCUUUAGGAAUUUUGUAUUUUUUAACCAGAAUUUUUUUUGUCUGGCUUUAUUUUAUGAUCAAAGUUCUGAUUUUUUAAGGCUUAAUUGUUUAAAAAUGUCCACUGAAGUUACCUGCACUCAUAUGUGGUUUGACUUAGUGCUUGGGGCAGAUGGGAAUACACUCUAGGACCACUGGUAUAAUCGUACAUGAUGAUCAGUGUCUAUUCAACAUAGCUCAGGACUGAAAGCACAAGUCAUCACUGAUUAUGUUGACAGAAUUGUGUGGGGAAGCUAGCACAGCAUGUCUGCCUUUUGCUCGGCUCCAGCUAAUGCAAUGGGCACUUAAACUCAUUCAACUACAUUGGUCACUUAAAAUGUCAACAUUUACUAACAUUACCAAAGAGCAAUUACUGUUGCUCCUUUGCCAAGUGGAAGCAGAAUUUUGAGAUCUUGCAGGUCAGUUUUACAUUUGGAGCAGAAAUCACUGAUGCAGAGUAGGGUAUUUUCUUAGUGUAAUUCAGCUGCGACACAACGCCAUCCAAGAUCACCUGGCCAGAGCCAUCCCGCCACCCAUGGGGAAGGUUACUGUAAACUCCGCCAUCCCUGGAACCGACAGCCAACUGUGACUGGACAUCAUCAUCACCAACG